AUUUUUUAUGUAGGAUAAAAAGUAUCCGAUUUCAUAUAAAUAUAGCCUAUUGAAUAUUGUGUACAAAAUAAAAAAAAUCAAUGGCUACUUCUUCAGCAGAAAUAAAUAUUCGUCCAGCAACUCCCGAUGACUGUCCAGAGAUAAUGAGACUUAUAAUGGUAUUUCCUUCAAAGAUUAAUAAUUAAUACGAAAUGGAUGCAUACACCGCGGCUGUGUACCUAGCGAAACCAUCGGCUUUGGCCUGCGUAAACCGCGGCGGUGUACCUAGCGAAAUCGUGGGCUUUGGCCUGGGUACACCGUGGCAAGAAUGUACCAUUGGCCUGGUUUUAAGAUAAGCUUGUUAGAGAAGAUCUUGUAAGGUCAAGUGGUAGAGUGGACGCUUGGCGAUUUAUAUUUUGAGAUCAAUUCCCAGUGUAGGGGAUCGAGUUUUCUUUCUUCCCAUUUUAGUUUUAAAAUAUUUUGUAGCAAUUUAAACAAUUUAAAUAUAUGUUAUAUUCAGAUUAUUAAGAGUUUCAACAAGUUGUGCCGGCCUUUGACUUCGAAAAUACCGGUAAAUUUAGUAAUAAGACAUUCAUUAGAAAACAAACUGAAAGUUUCUGAGAAAGCGCAUGUAUAGUGUAUGUAACAUGUAUAAGAGAAACAUUUUGAAUAACAAGUGAUAUUCUAUUGUAUUCAACAUUCUUCACAUCGUUGAAUAUUUACAUUUUACUUUUACGAACACCAAAAUAAAAUACCAGCAUAUCAUUAAUAGCAUAUGAAUAUUAAUGUCAUUAAUGUGCACGGUCGCAUUUCAACCAUCUUGCUUUCACUAUGCCUUAUGCAUUGGCAAAUGUACACACAAUAUCAACGGUUCAUUCACAACACUCAAUCUCACAGCAAAUCUUUUGAAAACACCUGGAUUUUAGAAACUUACGGAACGGUAGCAAACUGUAUAGCAAAGCCAUAGGUGUGCGUUAACCCUUUUCAUGACGGAAUUUGUUUCCAGAAUGGCAUGGCAUGUGCUAUUCCUAGGGUAAAACACAAAGUUUUCUCACAAACCAUUGCACAAUGCGCUUGGGACAGGAUUUGCGCUAUUUCAAAGUUUUUUUAUUUGUUGCUUUUUGUUAAGAAAUCGAUCCUUGCGGGGGGGGGGGGGUUGAGUUAUGGGCAGGGGCUUAACAAAAAAGGGGGCCUACACAAAUCACGGCUCUGGAUAGGGGUUGUCCACAAAGGACGUCCACACAACAAACUUACAUUUUGCACCCCCCCCUUGGGGGGGGGGGGGGUUGAGUUAUGGGCAGAGGCUUAACAAAAAAGGGGGCCUACACAAAUCACGGCUCUGGAUAGGGGUUGUCCACAAAGGACGUCCACACAACAAACUUACCUUUUGCACCCCCCCCCCUUCCGCCGGCAUUUUUUACUAAUGUGUAAUGCCUAUGUAAAACUUAAUCAAUGAUAUUUAAUUAUUGUUAAAAGACUUUUAAAAAUCAUUGCAGUGUUUCGUAUUUAUCAUCAUACUGUUGUUUUGUGUUGACACACGCUUGAUAUGACAAUGCCUCAGAAAACUUUAACAUCACGACUUGAUGAUCAAUGCAUGAGUAUGUGAUUCUCUUCCCGUAGUGUAUUUAUGGCGUAAUUAUAUCUUGGUGCUAACAAAAUAGAUUCACUGGUUUCCCAUUGAUUUUUACACAACGCCCCGAAGGAUCACCUUUCAAUGUUAUAAUUAUAAUGCCCCCCAACCCAAAAAAAAACAAACAACAAAAAAACAACUGGGUUGGGGGGAGAGAAGAAUUUCAAAUUAGCUACCCUUUUUAUGCCUAUUAAGUAUUAAGAUUCACAAUCAUAGGAUAAAACUUGCAACAAUUAAUAAAUAUAUUUGUAUUUCAAUAUAUUGGGGGGGGGGGGAUAAAGUGGUUAACUUUAAAAAUAAAUCAUGGUUUAACAUUACAGCCCCAACACCCUCCCUUCCAAUAAAUAAUAAGAAAUGCUUUACAAGUACUUUGCCACAUAAGCAUGGAACUUACUCAAUAUCUUCCCAGGUACUAAACGAAUUUUAAAUAGUUUUCAGUUUUAACAAGAGUCUAACAUUAAAUCUACAACUACUGGUUAGGCCAAAAAGAAAAAGUUAAAGACUCGCAAAGACCAUGGUUUUGCUACUUUAAAUCGCUGCGGUAUACGCAGGCCACAGACCAUGAUUUAGCUAGGCACACCGCUGUGGUGUACGCAGGCCAAAGUCAAUAGUUUCGCUAAGUACACCGCCGAGGUGUACGUGGUGCCGGUCUAAUUAAUAUACUCGCUGUCUAAUAAUAAUGGACAGUGUACUUGUAUUUCUUAGUAUUGUACUAUAUUAUACUUUGAUUUUUUUUUAAUAGUCUAAGUCCAAAGCCUAUAAGUAUAUAAUUAGCCUGAUUACUCAAUAAAUAAAAUAGUAGGCUAUAAACUUACAUAAUAAUUUGUGACGGGGGGAGGGGGGGUCAGGCCAUGUGUGACGUCACACAUUUUUUUUUUUUUAAAUUUUAUUUCUAAUUUAUUUUUUAUUUUUUUAGUGGAAUUUAAUAGAUUUAAAAAUAAUUUUCAAAAAUUUUGUGAAACAUUUGAAUUAGUUUUAUGUCAAAAUAGCAUGAAAUGCGUAUCUCCUGAAUGUGUUGUUCGCGAUUGUUCACCCUAGGAGCGCUUGUAUGCUGUUGCGAAGCCUUGUUUUAUGUAUAGCCUUGCUUUCGUCAUGCCAGAAUGUCACAAAUGACUGGAGUGGGAUGUAACAAUGGCGCUCCAUUUGCUUUUUCAUGUAAUUUAUAAUGUGUUUGUUCGGAAUUUCCCGAUAUGUGGCACCAGUUUUACUUAAUAAAGAAUGAGUAAGGGGCGAUUUCCGGGGGAGAAAAAGAAAUGUUUUGAGGUUAAGGAGCGUGGAAGAUUACUGAAUGUUUUGGGAAGUUGGGAAGCGUUAAAGACUAAUGGAUGGUAACGUUAAAGACUAAUGGAUGUUAAUGGUGAAAGGGAAUAUUGUUAGGCUGUAUUGAAUCUAUUAAUACAUUCUUUGUUGAUAGUUGUUAAUGAGGAAUUUAUUGGUCAUUCUUUGAAGUCUGUGUUGUCUUCGUUAUAUAUCCUCAACGUCUGGACACUGAACCUUCACAGAGAGGAGCAACCCCUGCAUCAACCAACACCAAUACUACUUGGUACGCAACGGGCAAUACCUCAUACUACCAUCAUAUAAUCUGUGACACAGAAGAAUUAUUAUUUCAAUGUUGUCCCCUGCAUAAUUAUGUCACUGUCCAUUUUAUUAUUUAAUCACUGGGUGAGGUCAAGUUUCGCUAAUCUACUACUUAUCCUGUGUAAAAAGAUUGCAUCAGAAGAUUAUCUAAACUUGACCUCACCUAUUGUAAAUGAAAAAGCAGCAGAUAAAUGAUGUGUAUUAUAUAAUUGACUAGUCUUAGGUCUAUUUUUUGCAAUUUUUGUUUUCAAAUUCAAUCUAGAUUGAGUUACCGCUUCAAUGAAUAACUGUGACAACCAUUGACAAUUAACUAUUCUACUAUUUAUGUCAUUUUAAUAAUGUUAUAGUUCUUUUAAGUGGAAAUGUUAUCUUUUAAUACAGUUUAAUAGUGAAGUGUGUUUUAGAUUAAAAUUUAAUUAGGUGUUAUUAAUUUUUUAAAAUGUUGUUCGAAAGUGUGACGUACUUUUGGGGGGGUCCAAAAUUUGUGACAGUUUGUGGCAGGGGGGAGGGGGGUAAAAAUGGUCCAAAAUAGCGUGACUUACUUUAUGGGACGGCACCUUGGGGGUCUGAGUCUAUCAAAAUUAAACCAACACUUAAACUUAAAAAAUUAAAUGUUAUCCUAACAAUGACACAAAUUUAUUUAACAAUCACAUUCUUCACUCUCACUACAUGAAUUAUAAAUUUAUGAUUUUCAUUGAUAUAAGUUAGUCAAGGUUUAUAUUGGACUGGUUGGAGUUUCCAGGAAUAAGCCUUCUCAAAUCUGCUACUGGGCUAAGGUUACUAUUACCUUUUCUGAAUUUCUCUACGAUUAGUAUGAAAUGAAACUCAUUUGUGUUAUAUUAACUCUAAUCAAAUUCUUAUAUAUAUGCUGUCCUUUAUUGCUAAAGUGAAAUACUAAAUCUACUCUAGAUUAUAAUUUUUAUUUAUUUUUUUUAUUUUCAUGAUCAUAAUGCUAGACUAGAAUUUAGAAGAGUAUUUGACGCAAGACCUACCUAAAAUAAAGAAGAGUUACACAUCAUAUGGUUGACAAAUUUGUUUCCAAACAGUCGAAAAAUAUUUAUGCAAUUUCAGUGAAAACAUAAUUUAUUGAAUCACCAUUUGUUAUAAAAGUUGUGACAAAUCCAUUUUUGCCAAUCUCUUUCUUACACAGGAAUUGGCUAUUUUUGAGAAACUUCCUGAGCAAGUAAAAAUGACUGUUGAUGGUAUGCCUAAAAAUGACUGCACUUCAACUAACUAUAGCAGUAGUGUAAGGGAUGCAGUAGUGUAAGGGAUACAUUUGAGGCGAUAACUCAUAAAUUUCAAGAAAUGUGAACAGUUUCAAAAUUUAGUUUUUAGGAAUGAAAGAUAAGUAUAAAAUCUUAAUAAAUUUUAAUCAAAUUUUUAAAUUAUCAUUUCUAUUUUCAGUGUUAAGGAAAGACUGCUUUGGAGAAAAACCACUGUGUUAUUGUAUAGUUGCAGAACCUGUCCAAACAGGUAGGUCAAAUAAAAUUCUUUGUCUUUUCAUGUUUUUUAUUUUAUCACAAAUUUUAUAAGUUGUCAUCUUAAAAAAAUUAUAAAAAUUUUUAUGCAUCUAGUCUUAAUUUGUAAAUGAUCUUGAAUCAUUGCAGAAUCUCCAGAUCUGAUUGGCUACGCACUGUACUUCUCAACCUACUCAACAUGGGAGGGUGCAGCUUUACACCUUGAAGAUCUUUAUGUAACACCAGCUUUCAGAGGGAAAGGCAUAGGAAAGCGUUUAUGGAAACAUGUAACAAAGGUAACACAGCUGGAACAUUGAUUAUUCUUAACCUAUUUGUAAGUUAAUUGUCCCAAAAAAAAAUUGAAAUUCACUAUAAUAUUAAAUGAUUUUUUAAAAACUCAUUCCUAUGAUCUAAAUUUGUAUAUUAGCCUAUUAAUACUAGUAGUUAGUAAAAUGAGAAUAGAUUAUUGUCUGGAGGGCCUGUAGUGACAUAGACUCAAUAGUUACAGAAAACUGGUGUGUAGGUUCAUCAACAUCACCCUGAUAUGUGUGUUCUGCAACAUCACCCUGAUGUGUGGGUCCUGCAACAUCACCCUGAUGUGUGGGUCCUACAACAUCACCCUGAUGUAUGGGUCCUACAACAUCACCCUGAUGUGUAGGUUCUGCAACAUCACCCUGAUGUGUGGGUUCUGCAACAUCACUCUGAUGUGUGGGUCCUACAACAUCACCCUGAUGUGUGGGUUCUGUAACAUCACCCUGAUGUGUGGGUUCUGUAACAUCACCCUGAUGUGUAGGUUCUGCAACAUCACCCUGAUGUGUGAGUCCUACAUCACCCUGAUGUGUGGGUCCUACAACAUCACCCUGAUGUGUGGGUCCUGUAACAUCACCCUGAUGUGUAGGUCCUGUAACAUCACCCUAUGUGGGUCCUACAAAAUCACCCUGAUGUGUGGGUCCUACAACAUCACCUGAUGUUUGGGUCCUGUAACAUCACCCUGAAGUGUUGUUCCUACAAUAUCACCCCGAUGUGUGGCUCCUGUAACAUCACCCUGUACCCUGAUGUGUGGGUCCUACAACAUCACCCUGAUGUGUGGGUCCUGUAACAUCACCCUGAUGUGUAGUUCCUGUAACAUCACCCUAUGUGGGUCCUACAAAAUCACCCUGAUGUGUGGGUCCUACAACAUCACCUGAUGUGUGGGUCCUGUAACAUCACCCUGAUGUGUGGGUCCUACAAUAUCACCCCGAUGUGUGGGUCCUGUAACAUCACCCUGAUGUGUAGGCCCUGUAACAUCACCCUAUGUGGGUCCUACAAAAUCACCCUGAUGUGUAGGUCCUGCAACAUCACCCUGAUGUGUGGGUUCUACAACAUCGCCCUGAUGUGUGGGUCCUACAACAUCACCCCGAUAUUCACUGUCUAUCUUCUAACCUGCAUUUUUGUAUAUUUUUAUCUUAGCCAACAUUAUGAUUUGUGAGUCAGGUUCAAUUAGCUUGCCCACAAAAGUUCUGAGACUAACACCAAUUAGCUCGCCCACAAAAGUUCUGAGACUAACACCAAUUAGCUCACCCCACAAAAAUUCUCAGAUGAACACCAAUUAGCUUGCCCCACCAAAGUUCUGAGAUUAACACCAAUUAGCUUGCCCCACAAAAGUUCUGAGAUUAACACCAAUUAGCUUGCCCCACAAAAGUUCUGAGAUUAACACCAAUUAGCUUGCCCCACAAAAGUUCUGAGAUCAACACCAAUUAGCUUGCCCCACCAAAGUUCUGAGACUAACACCAAUUAGCUAGCCCCACAAAAGUUCUCAGAUGAACACCAAUUAGCUUGCCCCACAAAAGUUCUGAGAUUGACACCAAUUAGCUUGCCCCACAAAAGUUCUGAGAUUAACACCAAUUAGCUUGCCCCACAAAAGUUCUGAGAUUAACACCAAUUAGUUUGCCCCACAAACAUUUAAUUAUAGGAAAGUUUUGACAUGCCGAUACCGAGGGCAAUACGAUGAAUAAAAAUGAUAAAAUUGAGCAUUUAUUUGUGUUCUUGAUCCUCAGGAUGGAUUAGAGCGAGGCUGCAAUCGACUUCAGUUGUCUGUGUUGGGUUGGAACACCCAUGCCAAGGAUCUCUACCUGCGCAAUGGCUGCAUAGACCUCACCGAGACAGAAGACUGGCAUUUGAUGAGGAUGAAGAGGAACACGAUGGAAGCGUUUGUCAAGGAUCUACUGUAAUGAAAGGCUUUAACUAUUUAUUUGCUUCUGUUAAAUGUGAAAAUAAAUGAAGGACUGCAUUCAAGCUGUGUGAAGGAAAUAGUAGGACAAGGUGUGUGGAAGCUGGAAUGAAAAGACAGGACAAUAAGAUAAUGUUUCGGCUAGGAGAUUUCCUCAGAAGACAUGACAAAUGAAAAUAUGACAAGAAUUAGAGAAUAGUUUAUAACUUAAGUGCUGGCCAUUGUUAUUAGUGGAGAUCCGGCUGCUAAGGAAGGCUCUUACUCUUAGCUGAAACGUUCAUAUCUUAUUGUUCCGUCUUUUGAUUCAAGCUUCACAUACCAGUCCUACUAUUUCCUUAAAUGUGAUACAUUGUUUGUGAAUGCAGCAAAAUAAAAAAGAAUAAUACAUGUUUAAUUUGUUCUUAAGUAAAUACAAAUAAAUUUACAGGUAGUUAGAGAAAGCAUGCUCUUGAUCAGUGGAAGUCAAACUUUUAGUGGAUUGCGACACCAGCUGAUAGUUUUUUUUUAUUACUGAGAUCCCAUAACACCAUGUAAAUAAAACAGGGGUUUUAAAUCCAUGUGAACCCCAAAAGGAUCGCAACCCCAAGGUUGGGCUCUACAACUAAAAAUCUAAUUGACAAGAACUGUCAAUUACUUGGUUAAUGCUCUGGAUGUAAUAGGUUUCUGGAGUAAAAAAUAUCUUUUUCUAUAUGAAACAUAUCAGGCGUGCAUUUCAUUAAAGCCAUGUUCUUUCAUACCCUACAAACAAGGAUAAAGUUGCAAUGUCAAUUAUGUAUUAUUGUAUCCGGUACUGAGAAAAUAGAUUAGUAAAAUUGGUGAUUGAUAGCAUUUACUUUUAAAUGAACUGCAAACUUAUGAUUCAGUGACAUGCAUGCAUUAUUUCUGAAAAAUCAUGGAACAAUGCAGUUAAAUUGCAAUAAAACUCUUGUAAAGCUGACCACCAAUGUUGCUACCAAAAUGUUAAAAUGUAUCCAAGUUGGUGUAUACAGUGCCUAAUAUUUAUAAUCUUUUAAUGAAUAUUUUGAGCAGAGACUCUGAGGCCAUUCACUUAUUCAACAAAUUAUUGAUCAUAAUUUCAACAUUCUCAUCAAAAGAUUAAUUUGUAGCAUGUCUGAGUAUAGAUGUUUUAUUCUAGUCAUCAAUGCACUGCAUAAGAUUGGACGGACCAAUAUCUAAUCAGCAAAAAACAUGAGUUUCAUUUCAGAUAUCAAUGAGUUUCC